AUGUCUUCCGACGAGAGGUUGGACCGGCUUCGCACCAACGACCUGGAGCUGGGUGUGACCCAUGCUGUCGAGCGACACAUUACUCGAAACGUCGUUGCCCCCAAGCCCGUCACCCAGCGCAAGCUCAACUAUGAGGAGCGUCGUCCGCGAUGGCUCCGUGAGUGCAUGGCCGAGGCCACGGGCGUCUUCUUCUACGUCUUCCCCGGAAUAGCCUCCAUCGCCUCCUUCACGCUCAACACCACCAGCCCAAUCGGCGUCACCGCCUUUGGCAGCCUCUUCCAGAUCGGCUGGGCGUUUGCCCUGGGCAUUGCCUUUGCCAUUAUCACCUGCGCCCCGACGUCUGGUGGCCACUUCAACCCGGCCGUGACCGUCGCUCUGUGGGUCUGGCAGGGGUUCCCGACGAAGAAGGUGCCGUACUACAUCUUCAGUCAGAUAUUCGGCGCUUUCAUGGCGGGGCUUGUCGUCAUGGGCAUGUACUGGCCGCAGAUAUCGGAGAUGAAGGCCGAGCUCCUCGCCGCCGGCAAGCCCCUCGUGGCCAACGGCGCGCCGGCCAGCAUCCUCUGCUCCUUCCCCAACCCUGACCAGACAAACCUGGGAUACGUGUUCCUCACCGAGUUCUUUGUCGACUCCUUCAUCGGCAUCGUCAUCUGGGCGUGUCUCGACCCGGCGAAUCCCUUUGUCAGCGCCGCCGGCGCCCCGUUCGUCAUUGGUCUCGCGUACGCUGCCAUGGUAUGGGGCUUUGCCGACAUUACCAUCAGCACGAACCUGGCUCGUGACUUGGGGACACGUAUUGUUGCGGCAAUCUUUUUCGGAAAGGAGGCGUUCACCUACAUGGGGUACACGCCCAUCGCCGUGCUCGUCAACAUCCCCGCCACGCUCCUGGCGACGGGUUACUAUGAGAUGUUGAUGCGGGACAGCCUGCUCAACAUCCACAAGGGCCACGCAGUGCACGAGGAGGGCGAGGACGGGCUGAUGCGGCACAUUAGCAGGGUGACGACGGGGUAUGAUGUCGACACCAUCGACGGCCGGCGUCGUGACAACCGAGAGAAGAGGGGCUGA